UGGCCGCCUCUCGGCCGCUGGAGGCGACCCCGAGGGGGUCGGUGCUCCGGCUCCUUCGCAGCCCCCGGGAGGCGCACCGCCCCUUGCGUUUCUGGAGAAGGCCACGACCUGGCGGCGUAAGUGAAUUCUCCCGGGUUUAAACAGUGGCAACGAAGUAAAAGGACAGUUACGCCCCCUUGUGAACCAAACAAAAUAGAUGCCGGAAGGAGAUUUGGCCGGAGCCAGCUGGUGACCUGACUCUGGGGCAUGUUCCCACUGGUUCUCGUUAUUCAGUCACAGAACGAGAAAACACUGGAGGAGGAAUCGGAUGGUCGGCGCGUCCUAGCGCUUGCCGGCAUGCUCCGCCCUGGCUUGCAGCACCUGCGCCACCCGGCUCCCGCCAGCAGCUUGGACCUUGCAUCAGCUCUCUUCCCACUGUUGCCACGCUCCAGCCUCUUGCUGCCUCGUGCUGCCUCGUAAAUGCCAAACUCGUGCCCAUUUGGGAGGCCUCCUCCCUCUGAGGGAAGCGUGCGUCCGUGGCCCUUAGUGCAGCCCUGUAGAAAUGCCGCCUCAGCUCCCGAACAGCCUCAAUUUCUCAGCCAAAGUCAUCCAGGGCACCCUGGACAGCCUGCCCCAGGCGGUGAGAGCCUUCGUGGAGAGCAGUGCCAAGCUGUGCCAGCCUGACCACAUCCACAUCUGUGAUGGCUCCGAUGGCGAGAACCGGAAGCUGCUGGACCAAAUGGAGGCCCAGGGAAUGAUCAAGAGGCUGCGGAAGUACCACAACUGCUGGUUGGCUCUCACUGACCCCAGGGAUGUGGCCAGAAUUGAAAGCAAGACGGUCAUCAUUACGCAAGAGCAAAGAGAUACAGUGCCCAUUCCCAAAAGUGGCCCCAGCCAACUAGGUCGCUGGAUGUCCGAGGAGGACUUUGAGAAGGCGUUCAAUGCCCGGUUCCCAGGGUGCAUGAAAGGUCACACCAUGUACGUCAUCCCGUUCAGCAUGGGGCCGCUGGGCUCGCCCCUGUCCAAGAUCGGGAUCGAGCUGACAGACUCGCCCUACGUGGUGGCCAGCAUGCGCAUCAUGACGCGGAUGGGCACGGCCGUCCUGGAAGCGCUGGGUGACGGGGAAUUCGUCAAGUGCCUCCAUUCUGUGGGAUGCCCUUUGCCUCUAAAAAAGCCUUUGGUGAACAACUGGCCUUGUAACCCAGAGCUGACGCUCAUCGCCCACCUGCCCGACCGCAGGGAAAUCAUCUCCUUCGGGAGUGGGUACGGCGGGAACUCGCUCCUUGGGAAGAAGUGCUUUGCCCUCCGGAUGGCCAGCCGCCUGGCCAAGGAGGAAGGGUGGCUGGCGGAGCACAUGCUGAUCCUGGGCAUAACCAACCCCAAGGGCCAGAAGAAGUACUUCGCAGCAGCCUUUCCCAGUGCCUGUGGGAAGACCAACCUGGCCAUGAUGAACCCCAGCCUCCCCGGGUGGAAAAUAGAGUGUGUAGGUGAUGACAUCGCCUGGAUGAAAUUUGACCAACAAGGGAACUUAAGGGCUAUCAACCCAGAAAAUGGCUUUUUUGGGGUGGCUCCUGGGACCUCUGUGAAGACCAACCCCAACGCCAUCAAGACCAUCCAGAAGAACACCAUCUUCACUAACGUGGCUGAGACCAGCGAUGGGGGCGUUUAUUGGGAAGGUAUCGACGAGCCGCUGGCCCCGGGCAUCAGGCUCACUUCGUGGAAGAACAAUGAAUGGACCCCCCAGGAUGGGGAGCCUUGCGCCCAUCCCAACUCCCGCUUCUGCACGCCGGCCAGCCAGUGUCCCAUCAUCGACCCUGCGUGGGAGUCUCCGGAAGGGGUGCCCAUCGAGGGCAUCAUCUUCGGAGGCCGCCGACCUACCGGUGUUCCUCUGGUGUAUGAAGCUCUCAGCUGGCAGCACGGAGUGUUUGUGGGGGCGGCUAUGCGGUCAGAGGCCACAGCAGCUGCGGAACACAAAGGCAAGGUCAUCAUGCACGACCCCUUUGCCAUGCGGCCUUUCUUUGGCUACAACUUUGGCAAAUACCUGGCCCACUGGCUCAGCAUGGCCCAGCGCCCAGCAGCCAAGCUGCCCAAGAUCUUCCAUGUCAACUGGUUCCGGAAAGACCAGGAAGGCAAAUUCCUGUGGCCCGGCUUUGGAGAGAACUCCCGGGUGCUGGAAUGGAUGUUCAAUCGGAUCAACGGGGAAGCCGGUGCCAAGCUCACACCCAUAGGCUACAUCCCUGAGGAGGGCGCCCUGAACCUGAAAGGCCUGGGGGACGUCAACACGAAGGAGCUCUUCGACAUCUCCAAGGAGUUCUGGGAGAAGGAGGUGGAGGACGUCCGGAAGUACCUGGAGGAACAGGUUAACACCGACCUGCCCUAUGAAAUCGAGAGGGAGGUGCUUGCCCUGAAGGAAAGAAUCAGCCAGAUGUAAUCAGACCGAGAGCUUUCCCUUUAAUAUCAUCCCCCUUUCCAACCCAUGAGAUCUACUGGGAGCCAGAGAGAGUGGGGUUUUCUCAGCUGACACCACCUCUCCCACUGUGAUGACCAUACCGAUGAACCGAUUCGAAAGACACACUGUAAUUUUCCAGAUAAGACCACAAAGUACAGGCUAGUAACUAUGGGAUUGGGAAGGGAAAUCUUAGCACGUCUCCAAAAUUCACUAUCCAGUGCACGGUGGUUCAACCCUAAGGACACCAGGCAUUUAGUCUUUUCUGUUCUUAUCUCUUUAGCUGUAUCAGUUAGCUGGAAUGCACAGAGAAAACUACUUGAGCUGUAUAUAUGUGUGUGUGUGUGAGUGUGUGUGUGCACGUGUGUGUCUGUCCAUGUGUGUCUGUAGUUCUUGUUAUCUGAGAUGUAUAUAAUACCUUUGGAAAAAUCGUUGGCAAGAUUACCUACUAGUUGUGGCUAGAAAGAAAUGUUGCUUUAUUAUUAAUAUGCGUGCGUGUUUAAAUUAUUUUUAUAUAGGCCUUGUUACUUACC